CACCCAGAAACGUCAAUUCAAAUUAAAGCUUGUUUUCCUCUUUCCACUUACAUAAAUCGAAAACAAAUCCGUUCUUCGGAACCCAUUACAUCACAUACUACCGCUUAGCCAAUCAGAAGGCCAGACACUGCAUGAAUUCAACCUGCUAGGUCCUUUGACGACUCUACUGGCUUCUUGACAAACGAAAUAUUGGAGAGAGGGGCCUGUUUUGUAAGCUGCGUACUGCUUUUUGAUGUAAUACUCGAAGGAAAUCCCCGCAAUGGGAUCCGUGCCGGUGAAUAAAAUCACUGAUCAUUACGAACUAACCUGUGGGAUCUGCAAUGAGACUUACAAGAACCCCAAGGUUUUACCAUGUCUUCAUUCCUUUUGUCAAAACUGUCUGGAUUCUAACAUACGACCUCAAGACCGAACUCUAGUUUGCUCAAGAUGUCAUCUGGUUGUGCCAGUUCCCGCCAAAGGUAUCGAGGCGUUUCCGCUCAACUUCUUCAUCAACAACAUGCUGACAGUUUUAGCAGUUCAGAACCCAACAAAAUGCACUAACUGUGAGGAUAGUUCCCAGGCCACUGCGCGCUGUUUGGACUGUGUGGAGAACCUCUGUACAAACUGUGUGUUUGCUCACAAGAGAAUUCGCCAGACCAAGGACCACAGGAUCUUGACGUUUGAAGAAAUUCAGGCCAACGAAGUCAAGGACAUCAUUCGUUGCCCGUCAUUCUGCUCGGUGCAUCCUCGAGAGGUACUCAAGUACUUCUGUGAGACAUGUGAUGAAGCGAUAUGCCGCGACUGCGCUAUCUACGAACACAGGGAACACAUCUACGUGGAUCUGAAAGAAGCUGUUAAGAAAUACCGUUCCUCCAUUACGGCCCUUCAAGACAGAACCAAGCGUAAGAUUCCAGUCUUGCGAGCAGCUGUGGAGGAGGUGCAUGACGUCACGCGAGAUUUAAGAGAGAGGGUGGAGGUCGUGCGUGACACCAUUCAUAACACCAUCCAAAAUCACAUCCAGGAGUUACAGGAGCAGGAACGAGAACUUAUUGACCAGCUGGAAAGCAUAUCUAACUCCAAAGAGAAGGUUUUAACCUCUCAACAGAAAAUACUGGAACUUGAUCUGUCUAACCUGCUGAGUAGCUGCGACUUCACCGAGAAUGUGCUCAGAUACGGAAACGAGGCUGAGAUUAUGCUGGUGAAGCCGCAAAUGGUCAGCAGACUACAGAAUCUGAAUGAGCACGAGUCACAGUGUGAGCCAGAGGACAACGAGGUUGUUGAGUUCUCUUCUAAUGACGAGCAGCUUUCUAAAGUUAUAGCCAAACUUGGUCAAGUGACCACCAGUGACGUAUUUCCUAUGCUGUCAUGCGCAGAGGGACCUGGGUUGAGUCGAGCAAAGGUUGGACACAAAUCAACUUUCACAGUCAUUACCAAAGAUAGAAACGGCGAGCCAUGUACCAGUGGAGGAGACUUGGUGUCAGUCAAACUUCACUGUCCAAACGGUUCACCAAUCACAGCUGACGUAGAAGACAAUGAUGAUGGCACUUACACAGCUUCCUUCACCCCAGUUUCCAAGGGAGAUCACCAGAUCACGGUACAUGUCCGUGGUAAACCUAUUCAAGGAAGUUCUUUUGACUUACAGGUGACUGCAGGUAUAGACUGCGCCAAUAUUGGUCCAAUGAUGUUGAAGUUCACUCCAACCUGCAAAAACACCAAUGACGAGUACUUCGAGCCUUGGGGAGUGACUGCUGACCCUGAUGGACUGUUUGUGGUCUCAGACCAUCACAAUCACCGUCUUCAGGUUUUUGACAAUAGUGGCCACCUUCUGUACCAGUUUGGCACACGGGGUAAAGCCGACGGCGAAAUCUGGUACCCAGCUGGAGUGUGUGUGGACAAAAGUGGCCACAUUUACGUAGCGGAUCAUGGCAAUCAUAGAAUUCAAGUUUUCACUCACGAGGGACAGUUCCUAAGAAAAUUUGGUUCUAAAGGCAACGGUCUAGGACAACUAAAAGGUCCUUGUGGCCUCGCUCUAGACUCGGAAGGUCGGGUCAUAGUCGCCGAGCGCGACAAUCACCGAAUACACAUCUUUGACAACGAUGGCCAAGCGACCAUGCACUUCGGCGUGUAUGGAGAAGCUGAAGGGAAAUUUAACUGCCCUCGCCACGUCGCCAUUGACCAAGAUGACAACAUUUUAGUCUCGGAUUCAGGGAAUUCCCGUGUGCAAGUGUUUGACAAAACAGGGCAGUUUUUGGAAAGGAUUGGAGAAAAAGGCAACAGUAACGGCCAGUUCAAUUGCCCCGCAGGGAUUGCGAUAGAUUCCGAGGGACACAUCGCGGUGGCCGACUUGAAGAACCUAAACGUGCAGAUUUUUGACUGGGAUGGUGUUUUUGUAAAGAAACUUGGUGACGCGGAGACAAAGAAUGCGAGUGGCUUUGGCAAGCCGACAGGCAUUGCUGUCACAGGAAAUGGAAACGUUGUUGUAGCAGACAGAGGACAUCAUUGUGUUCAAGUGUUUUAAUAGGACAGUCAGACAGUAUUGCUUAAAAGUAUUUGAAACCAAGUCUAGGAAUUGCAUGGAAACAGACGAUUACAUGUCCACAAAAUAUGUUUGUAGUUCAGCCUAGAUGUGAUGUCCUACGGUUUUUUAGCAACUGUCCCAAGAUUCUACUGAACGAAGUGCUUUAUUGCAAAGAAAAUGAGUGCUAAUCUUCAACAUCGCAAUAAAAUUAGAAAAACAACUAAGUGUCUGUAAGAGACUUCAGCAAGUAAAAUGUUACUCUUACUUUCAGUUUUCAGCUUCCUUGACUGUUUUUACGUUUUAAUUCAAUAUUAUUUCUCUAUUUUCCUCCGCUAUUUUCUUCAUUCUUUAUCUCUAGAUAUGCAUGUAUCUGAGCGUUGCCAGAGUUACUGACAUAAACGGACUGUAACAUUAAAAACUCUAUUGCUAUAUAUGCCGUAGCUGAAAUGUAACCCAACUGUAAAUAAAGUCAGGUUCCAUGGACUGAAAAUUGUAAAUGGAUGAUAGACCGGCCAUGAUAAAUUAAGUAAGUAAGUAAAACCUUUAUUAAGUGUCUGUGUUUAGCCUAGAUAGACUAAUUGGGGACACUAGUAAAAUAACAACACUAGUUGACAUACGGUACUUAUAAUUAAAGAUACAUGCACUUAUGAAGAUUAA